AGAUGAUCAAUAUCAUGCUGUCGAUUUAGAUCCAUAUGGUACACCAGCACAAUUUUUAGAUGGAGCAGUACAAUGUAUUAAAAAGAAUGGUGUUCUUUGUGUAACAGCUAUUGAUAUGCCAUUAUUAUGUGGAAAUAAUCCGCAUAGCUAA